GGUGUGUGUAUGAGGGAGUGCGAGAGAGAAACGUGGUCUAGCACUUAGCUAGCGUGCGGGAGUGAAUGUGUGAGUGAAUAACUGUAAAGCUUAAUAGAUGUAGGAUAAUUUAUUUUUCUAUGUAUCGGACGUUUGCUGAAACGUAGCUUGCAAACAGUAUAUCAAAAAUAGCUAGCUGUUGGCUUAAAUUCAAUUUUUUCGAGGCAGCUUUCCCGAGCUAGCUAGCGAAAAAUUUGUGAUUGUAACUACAGAAGUAGAGGUACGAUUAGAUUUGAGUACAAAUUUAACUUUGCCACAGCAGUAUCAAAAAUGUCCAUGGGCAGUCAGAAGACCACCAGUCGGGCUAUUCCGACCACCAGACGCGUGACCAUCAACGACGCGGCCCAUUUGCCCCAUGACUACUCCACUACGCCUGGGGGGACCCUGUUUAGCACUACUCCUGGAGGCACCCGCAUCAUCUACGAUCGGAAGUUCUUGCUGGACUGUCGCAGUUCCCCCUUGGCUCGCACACCUCCCUCAUGCCUCCCUGACAUUCCAGGGGUGACCAGCCCACCAACAGCCAGCAUCAACAAUGACAAGGCCCGCAACCAGCAGACCCUCAACAAUAACAACUGUAGCCCCCCUGCAGACAAAAGCGCAGUGGAGGACGCCCAGUUUGAAAUGGACAUCUGAUUGCGAGGUAGAAGGACCUAGCACGAGAGGGAAACAAUAUUUAAGACGGAUUACUGUGAUGACUGUUCUUUAAGAGGAUCUCAAAAAAUCAGAGGAUUUCUCCCAUACACACCCUCUCUCCUGCCAUUCUUACCUUCUGUUUUAACAAGAACGUUUUCUCUGCACUGUUGCUGUCAGUCAAGGCAAACUUUGACCAUAGAUUCCUGGUUUACACUGCUGUGCCUAAAAGCUCCACUCUCUCAAGAGUUUUCAGGUUGUGCCACUAAGCACACCACAUCACGUGGUCCUGCUUAGUUACAUCUUCGUUCAUUUAUGGCUUAAGGCCUCUCAAAGUUUAUAAUGUACCAUUUGUUAAUUUAAUUUGGACUGGUAGCCUAGUUUAUCAAAUGAUCUGUAGAGAGAGCAUCUACUCAAUGGCCUUUUUUGAUCAAAUAUCAGUGGUCUACAAACCGAGACAAAUAAGCAUUCUCGCCACUUUUAAAUGAAUGAGCACUCGAGAAAGAAUAAUCCAUUGUUCUCCCUCUCUUUUGGCGAUGAAAUAUUUUUGAUAAUCAUGAACUCUGUUUUGUUUUCUUUUGAAAAGCAUUUUUCACCAUAAGUGACGCUCAUUAGAAUGUAAAAAAAAAAAACAACAACUUUUUAUUUUGUUAAUGCAAUGGAAUUCUCUAAAUUGUAUGAGUUUAUUCUACCCAGUUAUUCCCAAUGAGACAUUGAAACAUAGCAGCGAUAAUAAAAAAAAAAACGAU